AUGCUAACCGCUUCAUUCAUCAACAAAGAUGGAGAACAGCAGUUCUUCCAUAUCUACAGCCGCGACCUCAUUAUCUUGAAGCCGCUUCACAGAUUCCAGGUCUGGCCGAACAUGUCUCACAUUGCACUGGAGUUCUUCCCGGGUUGGGCCCAUGAUUCGUAUCACCGCUAUCUGCGCAACCUGGCUGGAUUUGCAGCGAACCUCGACUUCCUUUGGUUCAUUGACCACACGCUGACAAGAGCCCCUGGCUUUGAGGGCGCCCUUCCCAACCAUACUUACGUGUUCUACGGCAAGGGAUUCCGGAUGGUGGAAGUUCGCCGUGGCGACGACGGCUGGGUGCACAGCGACAUGUCGCCCCCCGGCAGCAACGGCCCCGGAUGUUUCUCUGCCAUCGACAUCAUGCGUCAGGAGCAAGACCGCAUGAAUGCGGAGACUUUCGAGCAGUAUUCUGAGGAUCCUGAAGACGUCUCCCCGUAUGUCGGUGCGCGACUGGGCGUUCUUGCCUUCGAGAUCGUCUCUCGGGAUUUCUACGAGUAA